GAGAACCAGAUGGAGUAAUCACAAGGUUUUUUUCCAUACUCUAAAACCACUUUCUAUAGCAUACAUACCGCAUCGUGUUAUUAAAACAUUUAAAGCACACAAAAUGGCUCCCCCACAAAGGAUGCGUGUCGCCAACGAGAAGGCUAGCAAGUAUGUGACAAUGCGAGGAAAUGUACCCAAAUCAUCAAAACCUAAGGAAGGGCAAUACCCCGUGGGACCUUGGCUCUUGGCGCUGUUCAUUUUCGUGGUGUGCGGCUCUGCGAUUUUCCAGAUCAUUCAGUCAAUACGUGCUGCGUAAAAUUCAAACUCCCCAUCAGAGCAGCGGCAACACUACUACAAUAACAAUAGCGUCAAAAUUGGCUUAAACCGGAAGUUUCAAACCCCUCUCAAUAGCUGAACAAUCGGACAUUAUGUGCAAGGCCUCCGCGAUAGGAUGAUUUGGCCUCUUUAGUUCUUCAAUGUAUACAAUGUGUUUUAUACAUGCAAACUAUGCAAAAUUAGGUCCACUAUUUUUAUUAAUUUUUAAGGUCUAAAAGUGAACAUUAUGUGCGCCUUUUAUAAUGUAAAA